UGAGAGAGGGAGAAAGAUUUAGCGAGUGUGUGUGUGUGUAAGUGUAAGUGACAGACGGUGGGGGGAGAGAGAGGUUCGAGUGCGCUCCAGGAGGGGAGUUAUUCGGGGAGAUAUUUGUGGAGGGAUCCAGGGGAAGAAGAGGGGGAAGAGGAAGGACGGAACAGAGGGGACGAAGCGCAUAUUGCAACUUCCAGAAGGAUCCUCCUGUCGAUCGGCGUGUAGCGCUGCUUUUUGACAUCACUAGAAGCAACACUUUUUGUAUUCACACUGCUGCCGAUUUUUCAUUACCUCAUUCAAAGGACAAGAAUAGAAUAGAAGAAAAAAAAAAAAAAAAUCCACCGAGGUCUGUUAGAGACAUUAGGCCGUUCCAGAGAGUGGCCACUUUUCUAUUCCACACGAGCAAUAGGAGCACGGAGGGCGGAAAACGCGGCACGCGCUGCGCCCGCGAACAACAGUCCGCACAUUUUCACUGAUAUAUUAUAUUUUUUUGUAGAGAAGAGCCGCGCGAGCAGGACUUGGCAUUUCAGCCGGGUCUAUAUUUUUAUGGUUCGCGGUGAACUGUAAUUGUUAUUACUGUUUUUAUUCAUCAUCAGAGGUGCCCAGUGUGCCAUGCACAUCUGCCGCACAGGAACAAUAGCGGGCCGCGCGUUCUGAGGUAUUUAUUCAGGCGGAGAUAUAGGGACUUAAAGACGGCGAGGAGAAGGAGGAGGAGGAGAAGAAGGAGAGCAACGGGCGGAGAGCGUCUCCCUGCGGACCUCGGCGGAGCAUGGCGGCCGUGACGAGCCCGGAGUCGAGCCCCCAGCCGCGCGUCUACUUCCAGACGCCUCCCGGGGGCGAGGAGAGCGAGGUGCCCGUUCGCAAGCAGGGCCGCGUCACGGUCAAGUACGACCGCAAGGAGCUGAGGAAGCGCCUCAACCUGGAGGAGUGGAUCAUCGAGCGGCUCACCGAGCUCUACGACUGCGAGGAAGAGGCCAUCCCAGAGCUGGAGAUUGACGUCGACGAGCUGCUGGACAUGCCCAGCGACGGGGACCGAGCCACCAGGGUGAAAGACUUGCUGGUAGACUGUUACAAACCUACUGACGACUUUGUGGCUGAGCUCCUGGACAAGAUCCGGGGCAUGCAGAAGCUCAGUACACCCCAGAAGAAAUGAGCGCCUCUCCCUCAACCCCUUGCUCCCCAUAACUCUGCCCCUUGCCCCUCUAGCUGGAGAGGGCCAGUGGGAGGGUGGGUGCCGCGGUGGCUCCCACAAUCCCUCUUUAAGGAGUGGGAGGAGUGAAGUGAGGAGUGCCACUGAUCAGAUUUUAAAAGCAGGGUUCAUUUGCCUCAUCUCGUUUAGCUUUGUUUAAGGGAUUCAAUUUGUUUGGAUAUCUAUCUCUAUCUUUUUUGCGUAUCUGUAUAGAAAAAGUGUGCGUAUCGAUGUGUGUACACAUAUGUUGAGACAGCGCGUGGAUACUGGGAGGAGCAGAAGCGAGAAGGGGCCUGGGGCCUGGCUCCUGUCUGAGUGGCGACACAAAGCAGUGCAGUGUUCAGUUCUGUUAGCCCUGUCGUCAUGCUCCGGGUGCUGCGCUCGCGCACGCGGGCCGGGGGGGAAGACGGCAACGUGGCCACUUCUCCGUCCGUGUCUUUUCCGUUCUCUCCCUCGCUUGCAGUAAAGGGCUUCAUUAAGACUUCUUUUGUGCUCGUCUCUAAUUAAUGAAUCAUAUGUUCCGUGGGUCUGCGUGUGGAGGUGUGAUUUGGAGAUGCAUAUGAAGCCCACGCCCAAUGCUGCCAUCCUCCCUACUCUCCGCACUCGGCGGGGGUGAAGGCCGGACAGCGGGCAUGCUCUACGAAUCCAGACGCAUUCCGCAUCACGGCUCCUCGCUUUGAUCGCGCGCGGCUGUCUUGCCCGCCUUGCGCUCGCGCCACUAAUCCGUGCAAGCGGGGAGAGAGCAGAAUGCGGGAGGCCUUCCUUCGGUGUCAGGUCUCAUCCCAUCAGCCAGUCAGGCUGAGUUUUUGCUCUCUGUUUUGGAGGAGCACGAGCAUAUUAUUCAGCGUAAUAAUAUGAAAUACAACUUAAGGAAAAUAUCUUUAAAAAGUGGGAGUGUAUAAAUGACUGUGAUUUCAUUUAUGUGACUCAGAAUAUAUUGUAAGAUUUUAGUAAUUUUAUAAUAUAUGCAUUGAAGUGCAUAAAUGGGAGGAUCGGUAAUGGUAUUUUUCGUUAGGCUCCGCAUCUGUUGAACAAGCGUUUAAAAUACAGACCUUUCAGUUUUGUAUUUCAAAAGUGUCUUAUUCGAAGGGGUUUACAUACUUGCUAUCCAACUGUGAGGCUCUUAUGACCACAGAUGCUGUGCGCACAGUAGACAUGGAGAAUAUCAUCCUCUCAAGGGGUUAUUCCUUUCUGGCUGGGAAAAAAAAUUUGGGAAAAGGGCAAUAUUGUGAAAUCAGUUUUUUCAAAAUGUUGAGAUACGAGCAUUUAGAUUUAAAUUUCAGCCUUUAGUAGACAACGGAUUUUUUUUUUUCUCUCGACUCCUUUUUUUUUUGUAUAAUGUGAGCGUGGCAUUUUUCCUCCAAAAGAGUGGCUAAGGAAAGAAGUUGCUGAUUCAGUUCAAAAUUCCCAAUUUCUAGUUAGAAAAACUACGAAAAGGACAAAUGUUUUUUCAGCUUCAGCACAGUAGUUUGUGAUCUCUUUUCAAACACUGUAAUCAUGGGCGAUUGUGGGCCUGUAAAGUAACCUAUAUUCCCCAUUAAACAUCCAUUAACUAGUAUUUAAAGCAAUUAAAGUUAAAGAAAGACCUUUUUAUUUGCUUACUAUAGCAAAACAGAUCUUAGUCCUGCAGUUUUUUUUUUUUUUUUUU